AUGCCAAAUCAUUCAACCGAUUCAUGUCAAAAUCACGCUAGCUUGUUCAAACGCAAUCCAUCCAGGAUUUCCACCAUUCCUGAACAGCCUCACAUUAGAAAAUUGAGGUUGGCGGACAAUGAUUUCUUGACACCACGACCAGUCGAUUUAAUCAUUGGAGCGGAUUUCUACGGAAGGAUCAUCAAGCCAAAUAUCAUCAAGGGCUCACCAACAACACCAAUUGCUCAACUUUCCAUUUUUGGAUGGCUCGUCAUUGGCCCAGUCAACGAAUCACAUUCAACCACUCAUUAUUCACACUUUGCAGUUGCUCAAGACGACCAGAGCAAUCUGCAAGAGCUGCUCACCAAAUUCUGGGUUCAAGAGGAAUCACCAAUGGACACUCCAAGCACGCUCACUCCGGAGGAAGAAGAAUGCGAAUCACAUUUCUGUGCGACUCACACUCGUGAUCACACUGGAAGGUACAUCGUUCGCAUUCCACUCAAGGCACCAGCAUCGCUCAUAGGCAAUUCACACAAGAUUGCUCAAAGAUGUCUACAAAGCACGUUGCGACGACUCUCCAAGGAUUCAACAUACAACCAGCUCUACGUCGAGUUCAUGAAAGAGUACGAAGAAUUGGGACACAUG